UUCGGCAAGGGGGGGGAAGAUGGCGGACGUGCUCAGUGUCCUGCGACAGUAUAACAUCCAGAAGAAGGAGAUUGUGGUGAAGGGAGACGAAGUAAUCUUCGGGGAGUUCUCCUGGCCCAAGAAUGUCAAGACCAACUAUGUUGUCUGGGGGACUGGAAAGGAAGGCCAACCUAGAGAGUAUUAUACAUUGGAUUCUAUCUUAUUUCUUCUUAACAAUGUGCACCUUUCUCAUCCUGUUUAUGUCCGACGUGCAGCCACUGAAAACAUUCCUGUGGUUCGAAGACCUGACCGAAAAGAUCUCCUUGGAUAUCUUAAUGGUGAAGCAUCAACAUCUGCAAGUAUUGAUAGAAGUGCCCCCCUAGAAAUAGGUCUACAGCGAUCUACUCAAGUUAAGCGUGCUGCAGAUGAAGUUUUAGCAGAAGCAAAGAAACCACGAAUUGAGGAUGAAGAAUGCGUUCGUCUUGAUAAAGAGAGAUUGGCUGCUCGUUUGGAGGGUCACAAAGAAGGAAUUGUACAAACAGAACAGAUUAGGUCUUUGUCUGAAGCUAUGUCAGUGGAGAAAAUUGCUGCAAUCAAAGCCAAAAUUAUGGCUAAGAAAAGAUCUACUAUCAAGACUGAUCUAGAUGAUGAUAUAACUGCUCUUAAACAGAGGAGUUUUGUGGAUGCUGAAGUAGAUGUGACCCGGGAUAUUGUCAGCAGAGAGAGAGUGUGGAGGACACGAACAACUAUCUUACAAAGCACAGGAAAGAAUUUUUCCAAGAAUAUUUUUGCAAUUCUUCAAUCUGUGAAAGCCAGAGAAGAAGGGCGUGCACCAGAACAGCGACCAGCUCCAAAUGCAGCACCUGUGGAUCCCACAUUGCGUAGCAAGCAACCUAUCCCAGCUGCAUACAAUAGAUAUGACCAGGAAAGGUUUAAAGGAAAAGAAGAAACGGAGGGCUUCAAAAUUGACACUAUGGGCACGUACCAUGGUAUGACGCUGAAAUCUGUAACGGAGGGUGCAUCUGCCCGUAAGACUCAGACUCCUGCAACCCAGCCAGUACCAAGACCAGUUUCCCAAGCAAGACCUCCCCCAAAUCAGAAGAAAGGGUCUCGAACACCCAUUAUCAUAAUUCCUGCAGCUACCACCUCUUUAAUCACCAUGCUUAAUGCAAAAGACCUUUUACAAGAUCUGAAAUUUGUCCCAUCAGAUGAGAAGAAGAAACAAGGCUGCCAACGUGAAAAUGAAACUCUAAUCCAGAGAAGAAAAGACCAGAUGCAGCCAGGGGGCAAUGCAAUUAGCGUAACAGUUCCUUAUAGAGUAGUAGACCAACCUCUUAAACUUAUGCCUCAAGACUGGGACCGAGUUGUAGCAGUUUUUGUUCAAGGUCCUGCAUGGCAAUUCAAAGGCUGGCCUUGGCUAUUGCCUGAUGGAUCACCAGUUGAUAUAUUUGCUAAAAUUAAAGCCUUCCAUCUCAAAUAUGAUGAAGUUCGUCUAGAUCCAAAUGUUCAGAAAUGGGAUGUAACAGUAUUAGAACUCAGCUAUCAUAAACGUCAUUUGGAUAGACCAGUUUUCUUACGAUUCUGGGAAACAUUGGAUAGGUACAUGGUAAAGCAUAAAUCCCACUUGAGAUUCUGA